UCGCGCCUCCAAUUUGGAUUGCAGGAUUAGUAAUAUUUUUGGGUCCGGGAUACAGUGGUACAGUGUGAAGAAAUUAAGGCACACUAUGGAGAAACUGGACGAAAUAACAAUUGCCACCCUGAAAGAAGCAAAUGUUGGAGAAGACCUGCUCUCAUCACUUUCACGAGAUGACAUCAAAGAUCUGUUUCCUGGUCCUGAACAUUUCCUCAGGCGUCGGGCUCUAUGGCUUGCAGUGCACAAAUGUGAAGAAAACAAGACUGCUGCUGAAAAACCGCUAACAACUACUGGAGAUGGUGACUUCUCCAGAGAGGAACCCAGCACUUCUAAGUUUCUGACUAUGUCCAAUCCAGAGUACAUAGUCUUUACAGACAGUGAACUUGAGCAAGCUCGACGUUCCUACUUUGAAAAGAAGCGGCUGGGGACAGAGUGUGCUGAACCUUUGUCAAAGGAACUCUUUUGUCGACUCGUAAGAAACACCAUGACAAACAUGAUUUCCAUAGCAAGAGCAGCCGAGGACUCCAGAUACCCCAGCAAACAUGAGGUUGAUGCCAUGGCAAAGCGAUUAAUGGAGUACUACCCAAUGCUUAAAGAAACGUGUGGUGAGUGGGAGCAUGUUGCUAAAAAGCUAAUGAAGAGACUCUCCAAUGUCAAAAGUCCAAGGAAGGGCAAAAAACCACCUGCGAAGAAGCCAAGAAAGGAUGGGAAUGAAAGCAUUGCAAAAAGUGACAGCAGUGGGGAAUCCAGUGCAUCAACUAUUAUUCUAGAUAGAUCACCAGUUAGAUCGAUGGGCACCCCAGUGCACCACCAGGAUGGCAGUGAUGAAGAAUCUGGUUCAGCUGACUUCUUUGACAGCCACAAAACCCAGGCAAGACACUACAAGACACUUCAAGACAUGUACAAGACCAAAAAACCGAACAAAGCUGCUGUUACCCAACUGCUGAACCUGGAGUUUGAGUCUAGAAGACAAUUCAUUAACUCUGAUGCUAUAAAGGAGCAAGACAGAGCAGUGAAGAUACUAGAGGCGUAUCCUUGUUUCAGAGAACUGGAUCAUGUCCUUGAUGAGCUGCGGAGAAUUAUUCAACCAUCCAACUUGAAAUACAUUUCUGAGAUGAAGGAUAGAUGGGAAAUCUUCUACUCAAAGGUGCAGUUUUAUGGUGUCAUGAAGAAAGUUAUGAAGCCGCCAAAAACUUUGGAUGGAGGUAAUGCUACAGUAUCUUGUGUCUACAUUUAUGCUUUGCAGAUUACAUUAUUUGCAAUGCUUAAUGGUGUUGCCCUGUCUUAUUUUUCUUUUUUCAAACCAGUGGAACAUGCAGCAGCUGUGUUCGGAGCCCUUCCCAUGCUUUUCCCUUCCAGCACAGUACCACCUAAGAAGCUGGGCAUCUGUAGUGAGGCUUUUUUCCAUGUCCUAAAGACUUCAGAAGACCCUGAAGGCUACCUGCGUCAGCGACCCCUGGCUUGUCCAGUUCUGCUUGUCUCUGAAGGCAACUGCAUGAUAGCUGUUGGAACCACAGCGGUGAGCACUUUUGACCGGAAGGAUCUUAAUGAGGGACUGCUCUAUCUGAUGGCAUAAUACUAUGCCCUCCACCUCACAUAUCCAAAGUGCAUUUCCACGCUGCUGUCUGUCUUGCAAACUGAAAUACUCAAAGACUCCAUCCAUGACCGAGAUUCAACCCCCUCUUACAGGAAGGCUCUUGGUGAGUGGAAGUCAUUCAUUGAGUGAGUCUCUCAGAUGACAGACUCCAUCUGCCUUGUUUAUCAGUCUCAGUGUUAGUCAGUGAGGUUGUUUUUCUUUUCUUUUUUUUCUCUAGAAAAGUUGUUCAAAUGUAAAACACAUGUUUGUUUGUGUGGUCGUUAAACUUGUUCUUCUAAAAUGUUAUGUAAUAUAGUAUUUGCAAUAGUGAUUGUUUUAAGCUUCAGCAAAAUUUAUUUUUGAUACCAGCCAUGUUAUACUGUUAUUAUUCAUGUUAAGAGCACUUGGCCAUGUUACACCCUGCUGAAAUGUAUAAUUUUAGACAUGAUUCUACUGACCCAAUAAAGCGCAAAAACUAAGAGUGCUUUUGCUGUCUUAAUUUAAGAUAAAUUCCCUUAUUUUUAGUAGGUUUUUGAAGAGAUGGUGUCUUAUUCUCAGGAAUUUUGGCUGAUUAUUGUUCUCAGACUCGAAACAUAAUUCUUAUAGUUAGCUCAAUCAAGAAAGAAACAAUUCAGAUUUAAGAAAAUUUGUCCUAUAGUAAGGUGUUUUUUUUUAUGUGAAAAAUCUAAAUUAAGGUGUAGAAUCUUAAAGUAAGCAAAUAAUUCUUGAAAACAGCUUGUUCAAGAAAUCAUAAUACUCAUUUUAGGUACAGAUUUUCUAAAUAUCAAAGUGUCUUUUACUUAUAAUAAGUCACAUUUUCUUGAAUUAAGCAUACAUUUUAGACAAUUUUGUCUAGUUAAAAGGCAUAUGGCAGUUAGGUUAAUUUGCUAGUUUUAAGAAUUCUAGUCAAGCAACUUUUGCUUACCCCAUUGGCAGAUUUUUUUGCUCAAAACAAGAAAAUUUUGUCAGAUUUAAGAAUAUUUGGCUUGUUUCAAGUAUAGCUGUUUUUGC